AUGCGCCCUGCAAUAACGACACGGCAACAAAAAGGGAAGGCUCUUGGCGAGUACAAACGUACUUAUAAAGCUUGCAUUCCUUGCGCUAGACGGAAAGUCAAGUGCGAAAGUGAGGGUGGAAAAUGCCGAAGGUGUAUCACGAAGAAACUCGACUGUACCUAUACUUCCAAGAAGCCAUGGUCGAGAGAUCAGGGCGAUCGACCAAGUGCACAGGUAGAAAGGGAAUACUCGGGGCCGAGGACGCUGGGGUCAACGUCGGAUGGGAAUAGCCGCGGCGGCCCAGACUCAUCUAUCAGCAAAGAUGGACUGUCGACAUCCGUGCUCCAAAGGGUUGUUUCGAGCAACAGCGAUGCCAUGAACAUCUUAUUCGAGGCAGCUCUCCAAGAGUCGGCUCACGAUACAUCAUGCCCAGCACAGGUCGCCCCUGAGCUGACCGAUGCCGACGUCCUACGAAUCUGGAAUGCAUGUCGAUUCGUAAAAAUGGGCUGGUUCUCCGCUUACGAAGCCAUGGAGUUAAUGGAUCUGUUCUUCAGGAAUAUGGCUCCCCUCUCACCAGUCCUGACUGACUUCUUCGCCUCACAUAAAAAUCAAUACUACCUGGUAACCCAAGAGCCUAUGCUUUGCUACACGAUUCUUAUGAUAUCCUCCCGCUAUCACACCCUCCCCGGUGUGGGAGGCUACUCGCGCUCAUUCUUUAUUCACCAUCGAUUAUGGCAACAUUGCCAACACCUCUUACUCCGAAUUACACUCGGCCAAGAGAAAAUAUCAAAAGCAAAGACUCGAACGAUUGGCAGUAUUGAAGCGCUAUUACUGAUGUCCGAGUGGCAUCCUCGGGCCUUGCAAUUCCCGCCCGAGACGGACGGCUGGGACUCGGAUUUUAUCAUGACUAGUCCCGACAUCCGCGACCCGCCUUCCACGGAAGAUAUCCCUGUCUCUUCUCGGUGGCGGGAAGAUGUGGUCGAGCCGACUAAAAGGUUUGAACGGAUGUCGUGGAUGGUUCUCAAUUCUGCAUUGGCGCUGGCGCAUGAACUUGGUGUUUUCAGCUGCUCUGCGCGACUUGCGAGGCAGGAUGACUUGGUUGGUCUUGAUGCUGAAAGGUAUCUCGAGUACCUGGAGGUUAGACGUCGGCGAUUGCCUAGUUUACUUUUCACGUCUAUCAAUUCUUUAUCUUCGAGGUUAGGGUGUACUUCGCCUAUGCCUUCGGAGGUUGGUAUAUCUAUGCCAGAAACGAGGACUUCGUUACUUUCUAUUGAUAGGGAUUGGCUGUUGUUCAUGAGUGCGUGGACUGAGUUGAUGAAGUUGACCAGCUCGGUUACGGAUACUCUGUUCCCGCUUAUGAAUGUCUCUAAUGACGGUACCUCGGAUACAUUCAUCCCGGUCCUGGAUAGAAAACAGGUCUUGCUUGCAAAUUGGAAGCACAGAUAUCUCGCAAUCUCAGAUUCGGGUCUCCCUUACACCAGCACUCUAUUCAUAGAGUACCAGCACCUCCGAAUUCUAAUCAACUCAAUCGGAAUGCAAAGGAUCGUUCAAAGAGUACUACAAAACAACACACAGCACCAAAACGGCUCAACAAUCGAUUCUUCUUUCAUCGAGCGCGCAAGACAACUAGAUAUGACAACCCGAGAGUACAGCUUCAUCGAAGAGGUCAUCGAUGGCUGUUGCCAAACUCUGGAAAGGGUCACUACACUAGGUGAAUCCCUACAUUUCUCACCAAUGAGAACGUUAUUCCGAACAAUCAGCUCGUCAAUUUUUCUCAUGAAAGCCCUCGCACUGGGAGUCCGCAACUCGAAACUCCAAGAAGCUCUUCAAAUUCUAGACCGGGCUAUAGCCGCACUGCUGGAUACAGACCAGGACGAUGUACAUCUGAAAUCGAGAUAUGCGGCUCUUCUACAGACGCAAGUUUCGCGCUUGAGAGAGAGUCUAGUCUCUUCUUAUUCUAUUUCUCAUGAGCCUGAUGCUUUUGAUGUCUCUAUGGACAUGGAUCUUUCCGAUGUGUCAUUCAAUGGUUGGUUGUCGUUGCCUUUUGACUCCUCUAUGGCACCUUUUGGGUCUACUGGUGACUUUGAUCGGUUGGACGGUGUUGAUUUAGACCUCGAUUUCUUAUGGCAGUUACCGCCUUGA